AUGCCAAUUGAAUUAAUAGAAGAUCCUUCCAUUAAAAUCAAACCAAAUAAGAAAUUAAUAGAAUUCAUUUGCAAAAAUGUAAAGAAAACAAAUAAUACUCCACCCACUAUUAUUGCUAUAAAGAAAUCAACAAAAGACAAGCAAAAAGAUAUUUUAUUAAAAUUGAAUGAGCUACAAUGGUUGAACAAAUAUUUAGAAGAGUACAGAACCAUCAACAUGGAAAGUAUUUAUUUACAUGAGCUUUUAGAGGAAGAUGAUAUCAAAUUACCAACUCCAAAAGUUACACCAAGAAAUCCUGAGUUGGAAGCUAGAAUGCAAAAAUUAAGAGCACAACAAAAUGCUAUUAAAUAUAGAGCUAUGACUAAAAAUGUAGAUACUACUACAAGGAAUCUACCAGAAGACAGCAUUUCCUAUCAAAUGAAACAGAUAAAUAAGCAACUUAUAGCUGUUGCACAGUUUAUAUUUUCCGUACUAGCGGGUUUUGCUUUUGGAUUUAUAGGUGUGGAAUUAAUAGUAGGAAAUUUAGACUUUGGGUUUAGAUUGUUAUUAGGUAUAAUUUGUGCAUUAAUUAUUGCCUUGGCUGAAAUUUAUUUUUUAGCAAUUAAAUUAAACGAGGACAUAUAUGAUACAGUUUCAACAGCUCCAUCAACUAAAAAAUUGCAUCAAGAAUAAAAUUUUAUAAAUUAUUAUCAUUAUAUCGAUUCAUACUCUUUUGAAAUUAAUGUCUUUUUGCAAUUUCUAUAAAAAUAAAAUACGAAACAAAAUUAUAUUAUGUGCCAAUAUAUAAAAUGCACAAAAAACAAUUUCUAAUGCAGCUAAAUCAGCAUAAAAAAAGUAAUGCAUUUAUUUUGUAUUAUGGUGCUUUUUAAGGUAAAUUAUAAAUCCUUUAUUGUACUGUGUGGAAUUGGAAAGAAGACAAGUGAUAGGAUGUAGGUUUCUGAAUAAAUACAAUAAAUUUUUAAAUAUAAAUGUCUGUUAGUAAAAAAUAUCACAUACAUAAACAAAUUUGUAUAGCGUAGCAUGUUAAUGAGUAAUGGUAGAUAACUACAUUUUUUGCUCCUCUACCGUUUCACUAGUCUUUUGAAUUCUACACAGUACAUAUUUUUUGAAUUACUUUUCUUAAUAUGCAUAUGAAUUAUAAACGUGUUUUAUUGUUAAUAAAGAUGUUCUAUUUAAUGUUCAA